UAGAGCUACAGUGAGAAAAUGGCGUCCUGAGACCCAGUCAAGCUAAAGCGAACCCGGCAGAGAAAAACAACAAAAGCUGAAAAUAACAACGUCCAACAACGAAUUGAAACAGUUGGACUUGGUCUGUUCCUCUCGACCCCUCCCUGCUUUGCGAUGGAGAACUCGGACAGCACUAAGCAAGGCGGCAGCGAGCAGCCGGACACCCAGCGCAGGCGGCAGCUGGACCGGCUGGACAGAGAGGAGGCCUUCUACCAGUUUGUCAACAACUUGAGUGAAGAGGACUACCGGCUGAUGAGAGACAAUAACCUGCUCGGCACUCCCGGUGAGAUAACUGAGGAGGAACUGCUGAGUCGCCUUCAGCAAAUAAAAGAUGGGCCAGAGCAGCCGAAUGGCGGUGAAAACAGAAGUGAAGAAAUGGGCGGACCAGAAAGUCAAGAGGAGGGUUCAAACGGGGACUCCCUUCUCGAUUGGCUGAACACUGUGAGACGGACUGGCAACACGACACGGAGCGGUCACCGAGGAAACCAGUCGUGGAGGGCGGUGAGCAGGACCAACCCCAACAGCGGUGACUUCCGCUUUAGCCUGGAGAUUAAUGUCAAUCGCAACAUCUCCGAGCAGCAGGCUCGACCUGAGGAGGGGGAGCAGCUGGAAGGGGAAGGGGAAGGGGAAGGGGAAGGGGAGGGGGAGGAGCCAGCGGGGCCUGUUGCGGAGCCGGAAACGGCCAUGGAGACUGCAGAGGUGGUGGAGGAACCGGUGGUGGAGGAGCUGGCUGUGAUAGUGGAACCCGAGCCUGAGCCCGAGCCCCCCGCGCCUCAGACUCCCCCCAUGGUUAGGCCUGCCAGCCCUCAGGACCAGGCACCGCCGCCCCCCGACCCCAGGGCUGAGGAGCUGCCCCGAAGAGGCCAGAGAAGGGCCCGGAGCCGCAGCCCGGAGCAACGCAGGACAAGGGCCCGCAGCGAGAGGAGCCGCUCCCCACUCAGUCUGGACCGGCCCCCGCCUCGCAGCCCAGAGCCCCUCCCCGAGGCCGUGGUGGAGGGCAGCUCCCGGACUCGUCAGCACGUCAUGUCCCGGCAGAGCCCCACGGAGUUCGACGUCCAGCUGGGCGGAGCGGCGACGGCAGAGCCGACCGCGGCCCCCCAGGAGGCGGAGCCCCCGGGUGGGGAGGGCUGGUCCGCCGGCCGCCGGCCCCCGACCAUCAUGCUGGACCUCCAGGUGCGGAGGGUGCGGCCGGGCGAGUACCGGCAGAGGGACAGCAUCGCCAGCCGGACCCGCUCCCGCUCCCAGACCUCUAACAACACCUUCAUGUAUGAGAGCGAGCGCGGCGGCUUCCGCCGGACCUUCUCCCGCUCGGAGCGGGCUGGCGUGCGCACCUACGUCAGCACCAUCCGCAUCCCCAUCCGCCGCAUCUCGGACGCGGGGCUGAGCGAGGCCACCUCCAUGGCCCUGCAGUCCAUGAUCCGGCAGAUCAUGACCGGCUUCGGCGAGCUCAGCUACUUCAUGGACUCGGACUCCGAGUCCUCCGACUCCAACCGGGGAGCAAAUCCGGCACCGGAUCACGGCGAGGCGUUUCUCAAUCCUGCUGCUGCCGCUGCCGCCGCUGCUGCCGCCGCCGCCAGUGCCGCUACAUCGGCCGGUGCCGCUGAUGGGGCCAGCCCUGACGGCGGUGAACCACGGACAGAGGAGAGGGGUGGGGAGGCCAGGCCUCCCCCCACAGCCGCCGGCAGGGAGGGGCGGCCGGGGCCCAGGGGCCCCAUCGGCCUGGAGGAGCCCGGAUCCCUGCCCUUCCUCCGGCUCGCGCACUUCUUCCUGCUCAACGACGACGAGGACGACCAGCCCCGGGGGCUCACCAAAGAACAGAUCGACAACCUCUCUACCCGCAAUUUCGGGGAGAACGACGCCCUCAAGACGUGCAGCGUGUGCAUCACCGAGUACGCCCAGGGAAACAAGCUGCGCAAGCUGCCCUGCUCCCACGAGUACCACGUCCACUGCAUCGACCGCUGGCUGUCAGAGAACUCUACCUGCCCCAUCUGCCGUAGGGCUGUGCUGGUGUCCAGCAAUCGAGAAAGCGUGGUCUAACCAGUGGCAUUGGAAGAGAGGGUGUGAGCUGGGGUGGGGGGAGGCUGGUCAAAACCCAGCUCUUCAUGCCUUUAAUUUUUGGUUUUACCACAGCAUCUCAUUUGGUACCUUGUGACUUUGAGGUCUUAGCCAUUUAGACAUUAUCCCUUUUACACAUCUUUGUAUUAAAGCCAUCAAUACAUUUUAUAAGAUCUGCAGGAGGUGGUGAAUGGAUGGGCCACAUUGACCUCUUAGGCAAUAGUGUUUCCUUUAUAAAUCUGAGGAAGCUCAGCAGAUGUACUAUUUCGUUCUAGCUUGUUGAGAGGAAGAUGGACUCAGAUAUGCCCCUGACAUUGUUGGGAAAAGGAAAAACAAACCUAAAACCAACUUGACUCGAACUAUCCUUAUGGAUUUAAUGACAACUUAAAGCAAGUAGAAAGUGUGAAACCUAUGUUAAAGGACUUGGUAAACUGAUAUGCGUUUGGACUGUCGGGAGUCAAAGCCUUGCUAACUUAUUUUUGACCAGUAAGGUCCAACAUGGAAGAGUGAUCGAGCUGUUUUUCAUGCUAUCACUGAAGUAACUUCACCAAUAUUCAGAGUUGUAAUGAGCUGAACUUAGACUUGGGGUCAAAUGCAUGUAAAAUGUGAAUGCAGUGAAUUUCCUGGUGCUUGAAUUAAGCCUUUGAGUUUAUUACCUUAAGAAAAUUUGUCUCCCUUUAUUUGGCAAUGUAAUUUGAAUGUCUUAACAGAAUCUUAACAAAUUGACAUCGGAGAAUGGUCAGUGAUAACUACAUGUAACUAUGCACAUAUUUAUCAUUUUCUUCACCAAGCUACCUGUAAAAUGCAUGAUUGCCUUUGUGAAGGUAAGUUCUUCAGUGUACAGUUCAUCACAAUGUAGACAGUACAUUUUCCAGACUAAAUGUGCAGAACAUGAGCAUCCAGAAAACAUGUUACAUUUCACACCACUUAAGAUGAGGUUCUUUUUGAAGCAGACCUAUGUCAAUUGAAGAUACUCCCUCUACUAAGAUACCUGCUCUUUCUGGCCUACCUCUUCAUUGUACACUGUUGUAACUCUUUAGUUUUUUGUGGUAGGAAUUCUUACUGACAGAAUGAACAGACGAUGUAUUUUGAAUAUUGUAAGUAUAACUUAGCAACGAGCGAACAGCAUGCACCAUUUCCAGGUGGAAUAAGAACAUUAGUAUCUCUUCUUUAUAAACCGCCAAACAGCUUGAGGCAGGAAUUACUUUGCCUUGUGCUAACUAUAAGGCUUGUUCUCUUAAAAAUUAGUGUCAGUACAAUGUACUGUAAUCACCUCAGAGCAACCUUAUGUUCCCUGUCACCAGUGGGGGUUGUAUUUGUACCCCAAAAUUACUGCGUCAGGUGAUUUCAUAUCAUAAUAGUCUCUUAAACUACUACAUCUGGUCAUUUUCUCAGGAUAAAAGUCAAUGUUACAACCUUUCCAUAUUAGUUAAGUAUAUAUAUGAAGCUGAAAAUGCAAGCAGAGUGUGUUUGUAUGAUAAUUGUUUGAAGACCAUGUAAUGUCAGCAAUUUGAAGUCAGAAUAUUUGCAUUUGCUCCCAAGUCUGUAUUUCUUUAGAAUGACCACAACAAUGCGAAACAGAUAAGCCACUGACCCUCUGUGUUUUUGUAACAGCUUACAGAAAAGUUUUUUCUGCCUCUCGAUUGUCAGUGCGAUAGUUAGACGUAUCGGAUAAAAUUAAAUGCAAAAUUAUUAUAUGCUUAUAUAUUUCCUCUAAAAAUAUUGUACAUACUAGGUAUCCAUACAUAAAUGAAGACUUACUCCCUUUCAGACUUGUUUUCUAGAGGAUCUGUAUGUUUUAAAAGCACUGUUGUAUUACUCUGUGGAUUGAUACUUAGGCAAAUUA